AUGCAUAAAGUGCUGGUGCCCAAGUAUAACGGAGCUCAUCGUUUUGCUUGUUUGGCACUCUAUCGAGCACUUCUCCGACAAUGUCGACCUCUAACUGCAGACAAUCCGUGGCUGGGUGAGACCAAACCGCUGGUUCGGCAGAAUUUCCGAAAAUAUAAAAAAUUACAAAGCCCAUCACAAACAGCAAAUGCCUUGAAGGCAGGCUAUGAGGCUCUAGAUCUCCUCUCUUCGUCCCAUACCAACCAACAUGAUGCACAGCGGAUCACAACUCUUAUAGCACAAGCUAGGUCACAAAAAGAUAAAUAUGCUGCGAUGCAAAGGAAGAUUCGACUAGUAGCGCCAUCUGUCAAACCUCUUACGCCCAAGAAAGCCCGAAAAGAAAAGUCUAUUCGCUUCCAGGAGGAAACAAAUCAGCGACAUCCGAACGCCGGCUCGGUCCUAAACAGACCCCAGCCAUUAGGUGACAAGAAGCGCAAUGUCCCUGUACUUGUCAAUGCACGCGGACUUCCGUUCUUGCGCUUUAAAAAACCGCAACCGAGAAACGUUAGCAGUGUGAUACGAACAAAACUUACACGUCGUUGGAACUGGAUUGAACGUCGUGACAGACUGAAAGUAGAGCUACUUUUCGCCGAGGACGAAGAGGAGUGGGAUCGCGUCACCAACACUAAGGAGCCAUCCACUUGGUCUGAACAUCCUGCAAAUGCCAUUGCCGAUGUCAAUGCGAAAAUCGGACACUUCGACAUGCAAUCUAAAGAGCUUGCAGAUAACCUGUGGAAGAUUGUUCUAGCUGAAAGGGCUUUGGCAGAAGAAGAAGCUAGCCAAAAGCAGCCAAAGUAA